AUGAUCCGUCAGGUGACUGCAGAAGAGGUUAAAGCGGCUAUGUUUUCUAUUGGCAUUGAUAAAGCUCCUGGUCCCUAUGGGUACACAACUGCAUUUUUCAAGAGUGCUUGGCCUAUUAUUGGGGUUGAUAUUUCUAAUGCUAUCAUCGAUUUUUUUGACACUGGGAACCUUUUGCGCGAAUUGAACCAUACUCUCAUUGUGCUUGUUCCGAAGAUUCCUACCCCAUCGGUUAAGUGUAUUAGCAAGAUUGUUGCAGAUAGAAUCAAAGGGGUGCUGAAUGAUAUUGUAAGUGUUAACCAAUCUGCCUUUGUGCCAGGAAGGAAGAUAUCUGAUAAUAUUUUGUUAACUCAAGAGCUCAUGCAUAAUUACCAUAGGAAUGUUGGUCCCCCUCGUUGUGCGUUUAAAGUUGAUAUCCAAAAAGCCUAUAACACUGUUGAUUGGAGGUUUCUUAAGAAUAUUCUUCUUGGAUUUGGAUUUAAUGUCAAGAUGUGA